UGACUCGGCAGUCUGCGAGAAACAAAUCAGAUGUCCUGUGUCUCUCCCUAUUUCUACUGGCUCUUUCGCACUACUUGGAUAUUGCUCGAGACUCUGUGGGAGAAGGAAACCUAAUGACAGAGGUUAUAAGCUGAAAAUGGCUGAAAAAGACAUUGAGUCUGAGCUCAAGGAAAAAGACAAUCUGUUAUUUAUUGAAGAAGAUGACGAAGAAUACUUUGAAGAUUGCUUGGAGGACAUCGGAGCUGCCCUUGUGCUUCCUGGAGAUUCCAUGGGCUAUUCAAAAAAAUGUCAGGAAACUUUGCAUGCUGAAUUUAAUGUACUUAUGAGACAGAUGUUGGCACAGCUUGAUGAAUUUGAAACCACUCAUGAGACCAAAUCUACUCUACCGGCUUUGUUUACAGAAAGAGAAAAUCGUUUAGGAACAAAUUGCUUCGAGGAUAGUGACGACUUUAUUUCAGACACAACAGAAUCUAUGGCAGUGUUCGAUCUCGAAGGUAGCACAGAUGAACCAGGACUAGCGCUGUCUGCUAGCAUGGAGCUAAAGGAACUGGGGACAUCAUUCGAGAGCCUCAUUGAGGAGGUGACCCGACUUGAGCACAGAAAGGAGGAGCUGGUACAGGAGCUUCUGGAGCUGGAGAGGCCCAUGCAGGAUGAAACUCAUGCUUUGAGAUGUGAGUUGGAGGAGGCCCACAAGCUCCUGGCAAAGGCCAUGCUGCAGAGACAGAGUCUGCUGGAUGAGACGCGACUCUUCAAGAGACGCUUAUUUGCUGCUGCCAGGGAUUGUGCACAGAGCCAGAUGACAUUGACCAUACAGCAGAAAGAAGUGGAGCAGCUAAAGCAAGAACAGAAUGAAAUGAAGGCCUUUGUUGAGAAGCUGAUUGAAGUCAUAAGUCAGCUUCAUUGUGAACACCAAAGCCAAGUGGAGACGCUACAAAGUCAGAUGGACAACAUGACCCAGGAAUCCAGCAAGGACAAUACGCACUCGUACCUGUCCCAAGGCCGACGUGCAUCCCUCGACCUACAGCAGUACCUGCAGGGUGAAAUCAAAGCACUUGAGGAGUUUUAUGAGCCUAGACUGGUGGCCUUACUGAAAAGACGACAAAGCAGCACUGAUGCACUAAUAAAAUACAGGGAGCAGUGCCAAGACCUGAAGACCCAGCUGGGGCCCCUGAAAGAGGAAGAGCAGAGGCUGGGACUAGAGAGGGCCCGACUGGAAGAGCGCAUCCAUCUGAUGGAGAAGCAAAGAAAGGAAAAUGUGGAGCAAUACCGUGAAACAAUAGACCGCCUAGAGGAGAGCAGCCGAGAACUAAAAACUGAACUUCGGAUACAGAUAAAUAAGAUAAAGGAAAUGGAGGACCUCAAAAACAGUCUGGCCAAACAGCUAUAUUUCUAUAGAGAAAGCAUAGAGGGACAGCAAGCACAGAAGAUCCUCCCGGUGGAAGAGAAAACCUGAACAAUUAAGACAAAUAUGGCCUUACACCACAGUUUGGCAUUAGCAAUUAGUAUUCUUUGUGCCGUUUCUACAGUAUGGUCUGUUUGUUUAACUUUCUCAUUGUACUGCCAUAAUUUUAACAGCAUAAACAUGCAUGUAGGCAUCAUUUAUAAAUAUUCCGAAGUAGCCAGGAGAUAUGAAUUGCACCAGCACCACUCAGUUUCUCUGAAAUGUCACAUCAGCAAGGAAUGUGUGAUGGAGACUGCCCAGAUUUUUAUCAGCCCACUUAAACAGCGCAGAACUCUUUAGUUGUACGUGCAGUGUUGACAGGGAUGUGAGUAAGAGUGGAGGAAAUAAAGCUUUUAUACACAAC